GAUAUUCGAAUUUUGGUGAGAUUUCCUGUUUGACUGUUGAUGACCCAACUACGCACAAGUUGCACAUGAAUAUUAGUCGCCUAUCUGAACAAAUUCAUUUUCAGAAUAAGACAAAUGAAAGGCGUGACAACUAUAGGCAUUUCCAUUAGUGACGUAAAUAAAACAAAUGAUUAUAACCGGAUAUCAAAUGUGGUCUUGAAUGGAAAGCUAACUAUACUUUCAUAUUACACGCGGUAAUAGUUAAUGAAAGAGACUAUUGUGGCGUCGGGGGGAAAAAAAUCAGUAAAAUCUAUCAGCUGUCCGUUUAUUAAGUAUCCACGUCACUGACAACAAACAUACUUUGAUCUUUUGUUACUUUAAUUCGUACUCACACUACAACUCACUUCUAUUACAAUUAACGAAGGGAGGCGAGAGCGUUUAAGUAGUUUUCAAAAAUUAUUUAUAAUUUUGAAUUUUUUUCUGAUUAAUAGUCGCGAAAAUAAUAAGGAACAUUUAAAAAAAAAUUAUAUUAACAUUCAGAAAAGAAAUUAACGAAAUAUAAUUGGUUUAAAUUAACGAUUGAUAUAGUUCGAAACUAACAUUUACUAGCUUUGCAGUUUUCGUCGAGAUGUCGCGAUUUUCAUGAGUUGUAGUUAGCAUUGUUCCGAAUGAAAUUAAUCUUUCUUUGAAUUCCUAUUGAAAAUAUUCACACUGAGACAUUAAAAUCGAAAUGGCACGACAUCGAAGUGUAAGGACGAUGAACUAUGAAGACGAGUUUUUUGAUGACGAUGAUGUUGAAGAUUGUUAUGGCCAGUCAUUUGAUGAUAAAUAUUGCAUCUCUCCUGGAACUGUGGCCCAGUUCACAUUUCCCAGGAAGUCCAAUCUUGACCUUGGUUCUUACAUUAGUAGUGAUUCUCCAUCAAAUGUGGAACCACCAAUCAUUACCCCAGAUUCACCAAAAUGUUCUUCCAAGAAAGUGACAUACAAUAGUUUUGAUGAAGCUCGUUUAAACCACUGUUUGGAUAAGAUUCACGAGGUGCUUGGGGACAUUCAUCAAGAUGAUAUCCUUGUGGAGUGCAUUAAAAGGCAUAACUAUGACACAGAAGCUGCUUUAAAUGAAUUGCUUGCCACACCAGGUGCACCAAAACCACAGAGACGACCCAGAGAGGGACGUAAAUCACUAGACUUUUCUCUAUGUGAAUUAGAUGAUAGUUUUUGUAAUCAAAAUUACUGUACAAGUCCUACAGAUUGUAAUCAGUUUUCAGACAGGAAUUUUCAAACAUUUGCAUGUCGAAGAAUGAAUAGUGUAGGAGAUGAGGAAUGCUCUUCAUAUGAAAGUGCAAUUUCAGACAACUUUGAAGUUGAGAUCUUUCAGCGAAAAACCUCUGAAAGUGAAGAUAGUCAAGAAGAUCAGCUAGUAUCAUUAGAUCAGAAAAUGAGUAAGAAUUCCAUUCAAGAAGAGAAUCAGGAAAGUUGUUUACUGCCUUCUAAUCAUACAAUGGAAGGCGAUUUUGAGACACAUGGGGUUGGGAAUUCGUCACCCUCACUUUGUCAGAAGCUUUCAACUGAUAGCAACACUGCUGCAGUAAGUAGUGUAACAAAGCCAAAAUUAAAAAAUGGAUCUAAUAAGCAGGAACUUAUGAAUUUGUUUGAAAAAGCAAAAAAGAAUAAAGAACAAAUGGAAAAAGAUGCCAAAUUUUCGUCAGUCAAUAAAUUUGGUCAUUCUUUGUCUGAUGGAAUUGAAAAAAAUACAUGGCUAGAAGAUUAUGAAGACAGUUCUGAUAUUGGAGAUAAACCAAUUAGCUUGUCUUCGUUGAUUAAACAGGAAAGUGGUUUUAAGUCUUCACUUGGUGAUCUUGAUAAUGAGAGAUACAAGAAGACAAAUGAUGAUAAACAAUGUAUAAAAGAUCCACCUAAAGAUAAAUGUAGUUGUGCUGAAACCUGUCCACAAGAAACUUGUGAAAACUGUUCCAAAAAUAGAAAAUUUUCUCCCAAGAACACAGAUAAGACAAGUUUAGCUGACUUAACAAAAACCCGUUUUAAGCUUGAUUCAGAUGUUUCCCUGUUUGAUACUGAACCGGUGAAGAAAGACAAAAAACUUAAAACUUCACAAAAACAAACUCAGAAACCGAUUCAGUUUUCUUCAGAUAUUUCAAAAAGUAGUUUUGCAAAAACAUUUGAUUUUUCGAGACCAUCUAAAAAUAAGAGUGCCUCUAAACAUCUUGAGUUGCUUAAGAAUACAUCUGAGAAGAAUCCCUUGCAAAAUCCAAAGGAGAUUUGCUCAAAUAUAAAUAGUUCACCUCCUCCUCAAACUGUUACGGGAUUUUCAUUGUGUGAUCUCACUAAUCAUAAAUUUUCUACUUUUCCUAAGAAAGAAAAUGACACUACUUUCCCUUCUCACCUCAAUGACUCUAAAUACAAUCUAGAAGUUAACGAGGAAGAAGAACUCAAAGAAUCAUCAUUCAAAGAUGACGACUGUUUGGAUUCUGCAUUUUCUCUAGGAAGUUUGAUUAGUCAAGUAAACCUUGAACUUAGCCCCAAGUCUGAUUACAUUGCUGAAAAUAGGCUUGAAGAUUUAUGCAAGAAACCUAAGGAAACUAAGCCCAAUCCAGAAAGCACUCCAGUUCACAAAACUAAUAAUGAUAAUUCUAGUUGUUCCCAGAAAGAAAACAACACAUAUUUAACUAGAGAAGAUCCUGAUGUGCAAAUCCAGAAAACUGCAUUCAAAGAGCCUGUUUCCUUAUUUGGAAAAGUAAUUUCCUACAGAGCACAGAAGUGUUCCAGCAAUUCUACAAAGAAGCUGAAAUAUCCAAAAUUUUCAUAUAAGGUGCAAAUGAAUGGAAUAUCUACAAACUGGGAGUCAACUUUAUUCCAUCAUAUCACACCAUUUGAUUUCUCUACACCAUCACCAGAUGAUGUUGUAAAAACACGACAGAAGCAAGCCUAUCACCAUCGAGCGCCAAUUGCAGUUGAAGCAAAUAGCUGAUAAAAAUUUGAAUGGUUUCUAUUCAUGUUAUUUUCUGUUUGUUACUGAGAAAGUCCGUUUUAAUUUAAAUCCCAUGCAUAAAGCCCUGUCAUAUUUGUAAAUACCUUACUUUUAUAUUUUUUUAUUUAACUACACCACCGUAAUUUUUUAAUAAAUAAAAAAAAAAUUCUCAUGAUGUUAUUGCAUUUAGCACUGAGAGGUUAUCUGGGGGACCAAAUAUUUGAUUUAAUCGCUUUUUGUAUGUUUGAAAUUAACCAACAAUAACACACACACAGAAUCACUCUCUCUCUCUCUCUUGAAUGAAUGAAACUGAAUUAAAUAGAAGUGUAUUUUGUUCUGAUGUAGAACGUUUCUUGAGAGAUAUGCACAGACAUAUAUUUUAUACUGUUCAAUAAUUUUAAAAUUUCCAUUUAAUUAUAGUUCUAAUUAUUUAUUGGCAUAUUUUUAUACUUUCAUUUUCAUGGUCACACUAAUUUCAUCCAAAAUUGUUUAACCCUCCAAAGAGUUAUAAUUUGUUAAUGAAUGGUGGCUUGGGGGAAUCAUUCAACUUAGUUACUUGUUCAUGAAUAAAGUCUUAAUUGUGAUA